GCGUCGUGAUGUAACAGAUUACCGGAACGCACACAGUUACUGUGAGAGUAUUUACGUUUUUAUCCGAGCUCGGCGAAAAUCUUUACAUAGCAAGUAUCUAGCAGGUAUAAAUUGCUGAGGAGAAUAUUUGUAAGCUUUCUUUCGUGGAGUCUGGAAAUUUCUGAAGCCGGAACAGCAGCUUUUGUCUCUGAUAUUCUCCCAUCUACAAAGGAAUGCCAAGGGAACUAACCCAAAACAGGAUCCAAAAAAUCUGGAUUCCCUCCAAGGAUGACAAGCCUUCAAUGCCCCGCAAACCAGUUGGAGGCCCCCACCUCGCCAACCCCCCAACGGUCAUAGUGAUGGUCGGGCUCCCUGCUCGGGGAAAAACCUACAUAUCGAGGAAACUCACACGCUACCUUAACUGGAUUGGAAUUCCUACUAAAGUUUUCAAUGUUGGCGAGUAUCGUCGAGAGGCAGUGAAGCACUACAGCUCCUAUGAUUUCUUCAAGUCAGACAAUGAAGAUGCCUUCAAAAUAAGACAGCAGUGUGCUCUGGCCGCUCUCAGAGAUGUCAAGAUUUACCUUACUGAGGAGGAAGGUCAAGUGGCUGUCUUUGAUGCAACAAACACAACCAGAGAGCGACGGGAUAUGAUCUUGGAUUUCGGAGCUAAAAAUGGCUUUAAAGUCUUCUUCAUAGAGUCUGUUUGUGAUGACCCAAAUGUAAUCGCAUGUAAUAUAUUGGAGGUAAAGAUAUCAUGCCCUGACUACCAAGACUGCAACAAAACAGAUGCCAUGGAGGACUUUAUGAAAAGGAUCGAGUGUUAUAGAUUAAACUACCAGCCCCUUGACCCAGACCAAUAUGACAGGAAUAUGUCUUUUAUCAAAGUGAUUGAUGUCGGUCGCCGGUUCCUCGUCAACCGGAUUCAGGACCACAUCCAAAGUCGGAUCGUCUACUACCUGAUGAACAUCCACGUGCAACCCCGUUCUAUCUAUCUGUGUCGGCAUGGCGAGAGCCAGCACAACCGACAAGGCCGUCUUGGUGGAGACUCGGGCCUGUCUACCCAUGGUCAAAAGUUUGCAGGAGCUCUCGCUAACGUCGUGAAGGAGCAGAACUUGAAAGGCUUGAAGGUUUGGACCAGCCAACUGCGGCGUAGCAUUCAGACAGCCGAAGCCCUCAAUGUGCCAUACGAGCAGUGGAAAGCCCUUAAUGAAAUCGAUGCCGGUGUAUGUGAGGAGAUGACGUAUGAAGAAGUGAGGGAAAGGUUUCCCGAAGAGUUCACUCUGAGAGAUCAGGACAAAUAUUACUACCGCUACCCCUCUGGAGAGUCAUAUCAGGAUCUGGUUCAGCGAGUGGAACCUGUCAUCAUGGAACUGGAACGGCAUGAGAAUUCUCUCGUAAUCUGCCAUCAGGCUGUUAUGCGCUGUCUCCUCGCAUACUUCCUGGACAAAAGUGCAGAUGAGAUGCCGUACUUGAAAUGUCCACUUCAUACAGUACUGAAGCUGACCCCAAUGGCUUAUGGGUGCAAAGUUGAAUCUAUUUUUCUGGAUGUAGAGGCAGUGAACACACACAGAGACAGACCAGAGGAGGUUAAACGAGGCACAAGCACUUUAAUCCGGAGAAACAGCGUGACCCCUCUCACCAGCCCUGAGCCCAAUAAAAAGCCUCGUAUGGAAGGUCUGGAUGAAUCAAUCCGAGAGAUGUCUCCUGUCCCCUUUUCCCUGUGCUCAACCUCACACACCACUCUUACCCUGUCAACACAGCACUGGCUUACUGAAGCCUGUCUAACCUGAAGAAAUGCCCCAUCGAGUGCCACGAAACUCCUCAGCUCUGUCUGUGAUAUUGUUCAGCUCUAUCGCUUGACUCAACACUGAAGCGUUUCCUGCCAAGCUGCUUCCUAUUUUUUUCCAUUUCCAAAAAUGACAGCCGAUUGCCUCUUGGCUUUUGUAAUCUCCCUUCAUGAGUUUGUAAUGAAUGAGUGUCGUUUGUAAUAGUAUGUUAUUGCCUAAGACUUGUAUUUGUGUGUACGGUAAGAAGGAAUAUCCCGGUGGUAGGGACUAUGUUCAACAACUUUGUCAACUGCCCAUACAUUUUUGGGCCUUUUUGGAACACUUUUACCUGUUUAUGUAACAGGAAACCCCUUUAUAUUGACACUUUAUAUUGUUUUACUUUGGUCUCGGAGAUUUCUUUUUAACCCUGAUGCCCCUUAACUCUUAAGGAAGAUGCUAAAGGAGACCAAAGAUCGCUUUGCAGAGACUUCCUGGAUGAUUUUCGUCUAUAUUGCACUCACUUUGCAACUCAUGCUGCAAAUAAAUAGAAGAUUGUAAUUGCACAUUUAGACGUAUAUUUGUAUUAACUGAGAGCAAUAAUGAAUCUUACCUUUUUUUUAAUGCUGCUGACAGUUUUACAGGCUGUUUUAAAGUUCUCAUGAUGUCUGUUGCUAUUUCAAAUUAGUUGUGUUAUGGAUAUGGAUUGUGAAAAUUGUGAGUGUUUUUAAGGCCUGAGGACGAAGUCAAUGUACGAGGUUGUUGAAACAGGAUGUUUUAUGUAUGUUUGGAUGUGACGAAGUGAAACAGUGUUUAUAAUUCUUGUUUAUAUUAAAUGUCUAAUGGUGUGACAUGAUAUCACAUUUUAUACUGUUCGGUUAAUUCCCUAGAGUGCCUAGCGCUUGAGCUUUCUGGCCACAGCUGCUUUUUAUAUUCUUUUUAAGAGAAAAGUUUUUACAAUUUUUUUUUUUUGCCUUUUAUUACAUUUUAGUGUCAUUUAAAUGUUUUUUCGUUUUUGUUAGCGUGUGUUGUUGGAGCCUAAUCAAGAGAUUAAAGUAAUGUUUGAUAUUGUACAAACAGAUGCAUUUACCCUUGUAAGCCGACUGUUUACAGUUUCAAAUCUUAAAAAGAGUUUUAAUGCUUAAAAAUGACACUUUAACCCUGCAAAUAACAGCUUUAACUGUCUACAUGUCUGGUUUUGUACUGAAAUGUAACACAUCUAGAUGUUGUUAUGGAUUAUCAGAAAACAUUAUUGUCCAUUACAUACAGCCUUGUGUUGUAUAUUGGCUCUUGUAAUACAUUUGUUUGUUCAAAUAAUGCAAAGUAAUAUUUAUUUAUUUAAUUGUAGUUGACUGUGGAUUAUAUUGUUUCUAUUCAUUAAAGAGAUUGUAGAGCAUAACAACAAGCUUAAACAUCUCUUUCUAAAGAAGGUAAUUUAUUUAGCAUAUACUGGAUUAAUAAACAGAGAAUUUGAGAA